GCACUUGGAUCUAAAAAUAUCACCUUAAACCCAGUGUUCACUCUAAACCUUCCAAUCUCUCCGCUCAUCGCUGUGUAGCUUCACUUACUGAAAGCUUUCAUACAAACUACGACUUGUGAGAGAGAGAAAAAAAUCCAAUUCAAGACUAACUAUUUUUUAUUUAAAUGGCCUAAUACUGUCGCAGAUAUUAGAACGAGUCUAGGUUUGUUGACGCAGAAGCUGAACAUUUAGCUGUUAAAUCUAAUCUAUGUUUGAUUUGAACUCCUCAGCCUGCAUUAGAUCUGUCAGUCAGACCACAGAGCGGAUUGGAUUUCUGCUUUUCAUCGAGAUCUGUGUGAGUAUUGCAGAACCAACAGGCCUUAAUGAUGUCUAAUGUCACCCAAGUCUGAUGUCAACCAGGUCUGAUAUCGACAGCAGAAACGCUUAUAAACCCAGUGUUGACGGUCACAUCUUCAUCAUUCAUACAUCUCACAGAUCAGCACGAUCAUCAUCUCCAUCAGCAGCCAUGUCCUCCUCUAUGGUCCUGCUACUUCUGCUGGGUCUUUCCUGCCUUCAGAGCUUCACAAAGGCACAGAGUGCAAGUGGAGCAGAUUUGUGCUGUUUCGAGUUCCACAAAAGACCGUUCCCUGCAGGAAACGUUGUUUCUUACGAAGAAACAAGACCUGACUGCACAGUUCCUGGUGUCAUUUUGACCACAAAGAAGGGUUAUCGCAUAUGUGCAGACCCUGAGGUGGACUGGGUGCAGCAGGUCAUCAAAAUUAAAAACUCAGCCUAGAUUCAGGAGACAAAUUAAAGCGUCUCUCCAUGACAUUAGCUUUACUUUGCAGAAUGCUUCAUUUUACCUACACAGUACUUAAAGCAAUCUGAUAUUGUGUGUAACAAGACAAAGCUUUUUCUUCUGUCUGUUUUAUCUUCUGCACAAAUAAAGCAAACAUUUAUAACUCA